UAUUACCUUUGUCUUUUGCCUCAAUUCCUUCUCCAUUCACUAAAUUCUCUUUGGUCUCCUCUCUAAUUGCUACUGAAUUUCUUACUCUCUCACACACACUCCCUCCCCUCAACUCCUAAACUUAGGGUUUCCUCUAUGAGGAAUCACCUGCUAUAAAUCUGUGUUGUUCCUCUCUUCAUUAGCCAAGGCAACUUUAUCUUUGGAGGGAACAAAGAGCAUACAUCUAGUUCUUGAGAGCUCUCCUCCAAGGGGGGGAAAAAGAGAACAUGGCUUCAUCCAGCUCUUACAACUCUCCCUGUGCUGCCUGCAAGUUCUUGAGGAGAAAAUGUAUGCCAGGCUGCAUCUUUGCACCUUACUUCCCACCAGAGGAGCCUCAAAAAUUCGCCAAUGUUCACAAGAUCUUUGGAGCAAGCAAUGUGACAAAGCUCCUCAAUGAGCUUCUCCCUCACCAAAGAGAGGAUGCAGUGAACUCUCUUGCCUAUGAAGCCGAGGCAAGAGUAAGGGACCCGGUUUAUGGCUGUGUUGGUGCUAUCUCCUUUCUCCAGAGACAAGUUCAAAGGCUCCAAAAGGAACUCGAUGCAGCCAAUUCUGAUCUAAUUCGCUAUGCCUGCAGUGAAAUCUCAACUGCAUUGCCUGCACCACCAGGGGCAAGCUCAAUUCAAUCAAUGGCUCCUCGUCAAAGGCCAAUUGAGUAUAAUAGAAGGAUGGGCAAUGAAGGGGGUAACUAUCAUGCUCCUGGCAUGCCAUUUCCUUACACUCUUCCUUGGAAUGAUAACCCUUCAGGUGAUAAUAAUGAAGGAGAAGGAGGAGGAAGCAACAUGUGAUCAUUUCAGAGAGAGAAGCCCCAUGUAGGGUUUAUAGCUACCCUGAGGGUGCAUGACCUUAUCAAGGAACUCAUCAUCUCGGUAUGGAAUUAUAAGGUUUCUAGCUAGCUAGCCUCACAUGGGCUCUUUAGCUAGAACACUUAAUUUAGUCUUUACAUAGUAAUUUAAUUGGUCGGUGUGGUAAUUAUACGCAUGGCCUGCUAAAACCAAGAAGUUAAGUAUUCUGCUUGAGGUUUUAGCGUGGUAUAUAUUUGGGGACCUAAAUAAGGCUGUAGAGCAUGGUGUGUGCGCGUGCGUGCAACCUUUGUUGAGUCAUUGGUGCAACUCUAGGCAUGUGCAUGUGGAGUUGCUAUUUCCCUGUCAUUGUUUAUGUUUGAGAAUAAAUGAUAUAAAACUUAUUUAAGUUUAAAGAG